AUGAAGAUCUUCUUCAUCUUUUUCUUUGUUUUAUUCUCCUUCCUUGUCCAUUCUUGUUUGUCCAACAACAUGAUCAUGAGAACGCAGUCCAUGAGAGACGGCGAUGUUAUAUUCUCUCAAGGAAAGAGAUUCGCUUUUGGAUUCUUCAGCCUGGGGACUUCAAAGCUCAGGUACGUUGGGAUUUGGUAUGCUCAAGUCUCUGAGCAGACUAUUGUAUGGGUUGCAAACAGAGACCAUCCUAUCAAUGACACGUCUGGUCAUAUAAAGUUCAGCAGCAGAGGGAAUCUCUGUGUGUAUGGAUCUGUCAACGGAACAGAACCUAUCUGGUCUACCGAUGUUUUGGAUACAAUAUCAGAACCGGCUCUAGUUGCGAAGCUGUCUGAUCUAGGCAACCUUGUGCUGCUUGAUCCUGUCACAGGGAAAAGCUUCUGGGAGAGCUUUAACCAUCCUACAAACACGUUGCUUCCCUUUAUGAAGUUCGGAUACACUCGCCAAGACGGUGUGGACCGGUUCAUGACGUCGUGGAGAUCUCCUGGUGACCCUGGUUUCGGGAACGUUACGUUCCGGAUAGAGCGUAGAGGGUUUCCGCAGAUGAUGAUGUACAAAGGAACGACUCUGUGGUGGCGUACUGGGUCAUGGACAGGGCAGAGAUGGAGCGGUGUGCCUGAGAUGACAAACAAGUUUAUAUUCAAUAUCUCGUUUGUGAAUAGUCCUGAUGAAGUAUCGAUCACUUACGGUGUGUUGAAUCCUCUAGUCAUAACGAGAAUGGUGCUGAACGAGACGGGGACCCUGCAGCGGUUCACGUGGAACGGGAAGGAUAAGAAGUGGAUCGGGUUCUGGUCAGCUCCUGAGGAGAAGUGUGACAGCUACAACCACUGUGGCCUUAACGGUUACUGCGAUACCACGAGUCCAGACAAGUUUGAGUGCUCUUGCCUACCGGGGCACGAGCCUAAAACGCCCCAAGCUUGGAACUUUAGGGAUGCUUCGGAUGGGUGCAAGAGGAGCAACGCGGCUUCGUUAUGUAAUGGGAGAGAAGGUUUUGCGAAGUUGAAGCGGGUGAAGGUUCCAAAUACAUCAGGUGUGAGUGUGGAUAUGAACAUAACGCUUAAAGAAUGUGAAAAGAGGUGCUUGAGGAACUGCUCUUGUGUCGCUUAUGCGAGCGCUUACCACGAGAGCGAAGACGGAGCGAAAGGUUGCUUGACAUGGCACGGUGAUAUGUUGGAUACGAGGACAUACUGGAGCGCAGGACAAGAUUUCUAUCUACGUGUAGAUAAGGCAGAGUUAGCGCGGUGGAAUGGAAGUGGAUCAUCAGGGAAGAGGAGACUUUUCUUAAUUCUCAUCAGCAUGAUUGUAGUGGUGAUGUUGCUAAUGAUCAUGUUGUUCUGUUUCAUAAGGAAACGAAGACAGGCUAACAGGCAUAAGAAACCUCCAUCAACCUUCGCCCCGAGCUCUUUUGAUAUUGAAGAGCCAUUCGUAUUAGAAGAGCUCGAGGAUAAAUCAAGAAAGGGGGAGUUGCCUCUCUUUGAGCUUAGCACAAUCGCUGCAGCCACUAACAACUUUUCUUUUCAACACAAGCUUGGAGCAGGUGGUUUCGGAGCCGUUUACAAGGGCGUGUUAGAAAACGGUAUGGAGAUAGCAGUGAAGAGGUUGUCAAAAAACUCGGGCCAAGGAAUGGAAGAGUUCAAGAACGAGGUCAAGUUGAUAUCGAAAUUGCAGCAUCGAAAUCUCGUGAGGAUCUUAGGGUGUUGCGUUGAAUCGGAAGAGAAGAUGUUGAUAUACGAGUAUUUACCAAACAAGAGCUUAGACUGUUUCAUAUUCCGUGAGGAGCAUAGAGCAGAGUUGGAUUGGCCAAAACGGAUGGGGAUAAUCCGAGGGAUUGCGCGGGGAAUCUUGUAUCUACAUCAAGAUUCAAGACUGAGGAUCAUCCACAGAGACCUCAAGGCCAGCAAUAUACUUCUUGACAACGAAAUGAUCCCCAAGAUUGCUGACUUUGGCAUGGCUAGAAUCUUUGGAGGCAACCAAAUCGAAGGAAGCACAAACCGAGUUGUUGGAACAUAUGGAUAUAUGUCACCUGAGUAUGCAAUGGAUGGUCACUUCUCAAUUAAAUCCGACGUCUAUAGCUUUGGAGUAUUGAUCUUAGAGAUCAUAACCGGAAAGAAGAAUAGUGCAAUCUACAACGAAAAUUCAAACCUAGUCGGACAUAUCUGGGGUCUGUGGCAAAAAGGUGAGGCAAGAGAGAUCAUAGACACGUUAAUGGACGCAGAGAGUUAUGAAGAAAGCGAAGUGAUGAAGUGCAUACACAUUGGGUUUCUUUGCGUGCAAGAAAGGGCUUCGGACAGACCAGACAUGUCUUCUGUUGUGUUCAUGUUGGGACAUAACGCCAUUGAUCUUCCAUCUCCGAAGCAUCCUGCGUUUACGGUGGGGAGGAAGAGAAACGUCAAAAAUGGAGGCAGCUCAGGUAACUGCCCUAGUGGAGAAACCGGUAGUUCUGUCAAUGAUGUUACCCUCACCGACGUUCAAGGUCGUUAAAAAUAAUUACGAGCGUCUUUCUCUAUGUUACAACAAUAUUCUUUACUAGGUGAUAACCAGUGGAAUAAAAUUAUUAAUUUUAA